AGUCAGCCCAGGCAGGCAAAUCUCUCCUCGCCCUCCGGUCCCUCCCGGGAUGGCCAGAGCCCUAGCGGGGCUGCAGAGCCACAAGCCACCGAGAAGAUGCUGGCCCCGUCCCUCCAUCCGCUCCUCUGGCUCCUGGGCUGCGUCCUCUUCAGAGGUACUACAGUCUCCACAGACUCCACCGUCCAGGCUGUAACAGGUCAAUCCCAAUCGACAACACACAGCCCUGAAGUGAAGAACCACACCUCAGAGCCUUCAGUAAAAUCGAUGACACCAGAUGACCUGAAUCUCACCUCCGUGGGUCAAACGACGACAGCCAAAUCCUCUUCCCUCACUACAACACUACUGGCGUUGAUCAUGCAAGAUGAGAAGUCUAGUGACAGCAGAAGCACAGCAGCUUCACCACCUCAAGGUCAAGAGCCCAAGACAAGUGAGAGUGCCACGACAUCCACAACUCAAGGUGCUUCCUCCUUCCUCUCACAGAGAGGCACCUCAAAACCCGUCACACCUACACCGGAGUCCUCUGGCUACUUGCCUGAGCCCACCCCGACGGACGACAAAUCACCGCUGACGGUGGUAGCUUUCGGUGUCAUCAGCUUCAUAGUUAUCCUGAUAGUGGUUGUGAUCAUCCUGGUCAGCGUGGUCAGCCUGAGGUUCAAGUGUAACCGCUCAAAGGACUCGGAAGACAAACAGAAACCAGGGACCUCCAUGGUAUCAGAGAGCUGCUCGGCAGGCACAAGCCAGAAGGAUAACAGCAUCACUCUCAUCUCCAUGAAGAACAUCAACAUGAACAACAGCAUGAGUUAUCCACCAUCAGAAAAGGUGCUAUGAAGCCAAGGACCCAGAGCUUGAAGCUGACUCCUGACAACCAGCAGUGACUAUCUAGGUUCUCUUUUUUUUUUUUUUUACCUUGGGGAAAGAGCAAGGAUGGACUUUAUAUAUAAAUUAUUAUGUCCUUUCUGAUCACUACACUUACAGUAGCAUCCCACAUAGCUUCCUCGCCUGGGGUCUAAGGGCUUUCUCCACUUGCAGCCUGCCAUGCUCAAUGGUUGAUAUCUAACUCUAUUUUUUAUAUGCCUUCGAAGCCUCAGAUCAUUCCAGCAGCAAGAAGCACCAAGGAACCAUCUACUUUGCUAAUAAACUGCUGCCUUGGAUUAAUGGCCUUUAUAGUCCAUGCGAGCCAGUAACGGGCUCGUUAAUCAGUACAGCCCCACACUGAGUCAAUCCCAAGCAUUAGAAAGGCACAACCUGAAGCUGAAGGUCUAAUGGGACAUAAAUGGCCAAGUCCUAGGUCAAACCCUUAUCCUUGGUGCCCCCGUUGUCCCCGCAGCGGUGGGGAUGAUCACAUCCACCUACCUCACAGGGUUGUUGUGAGGCUACGUUAAUCAAUGCCUGUAAAAGCAUUUGGAGAGCCAUGAAUUAAAGGUGCUGC